ACUCGCACAAAACAGCUGUUACGUAUAAUACUGUUCAUUUGUGUACGAAAAAAAUUUCUUGAUACUUCCGUGACUGUAUUAUAUUAUUUGUUUUUUAAUUUUAAAUAUUAAUACUACUUAUGUCAUAAUUAUCAAACGUAGAUGUUGAAAUGAAUCAUGCAUUUACGAGAAGCGAAUCGUUUUUAGUUUUAUGAAAAAAUAUCGUGUUGAUUUAGGAUAAUAAUACUAAAUAUAAAAUACUAUUUCUUUAAAUAAUAAUUCGAAACAGAAAAUGGAUAAGUUGAGGAGAGCUUUAAGUGGCAAUGAGCAAUGUGAUGAAGAAAGUGGUAUUAUUACUCAGACUGAUGUGGAUUUUAUGGUUAUGGAUCAAACUACGUUAAGUUGGUCUACUCGAAUAAAAGGUUUUGCUAUUUGUUUUAUUGUUGGUAUUCUCUGCUCCUUCCUUGGAUCCUUUGCCUUAUUUUUACACAAAGGACUUACAGUAUUUGCCGUAUUUUACACACUAGGCAAUAUCAUCUCAUUAGCAAGCACAUGUUUUCUAAUGGGUCCAUUCAAUCAAUUUAAGAAGAUGUUUGCACCAACAAGAGUGAUUGCAACUGUUUUAGUAUUUAUAACAAUUGCAAUGACAUUAUUUGCAGCGUUACAUCUGAAGAAUGCUGGAUUGGCUCUUAUAUUUAUAAUUAUUCAAUCAUUGGCAAUGACUUGGUAUUCUUUAUCUUAUAUUCCUUAUGCACGUGAUGCUGUUAAAAAAACACUGGAGUCAUGUAUCACAUAAAGAACCAUACAAAGCAUAUAAUAAAAUCUGUAACUUAA